GAAUAAAGGGCGGCUCCGGGCCGGGCGGCGCGGGCGGCCCACUGGCAGCGCGGACCCAGGCACCCGACCGCGGACCUCGGCGCGGAGCUCGGAGCCCCGCCCGCGGCCGAGCAGGAGCGGCGGCCCCGGGGGCCCCAGCCGCGCGGGACCAGGUGUUCACCUGCUGAGUCCGACACACUCCCCUCCCCGAGAUCGGCAGGGACCCAGAGCCUGAGACCUUCUCCCACUUCUCCAGGUGGGCAGCCUGCCAUGAGGGGGAGAGCCAGCUGAGCUCAUCAGGACGUCUGGAUUUGGCCAGAAGACCGGACCUCUCCCCCUGUCAGGACUUCUCAGAGGUACGGUUGCAUCAGUUAUUGGAUUCCACCCAGUUCCCUCCCGGGGGGUCCUGGGAGAGCGCUUCCUGUGGAGGAGACGACGAGCUAGGUCUGCAGUCAGGUGCCGACCCCGUGCGCCUGAGGCUGUCCUUCUCUCUCUGCGGAUCUUCUCUCACAGAAAGCUCUGUGUCUGUACCAGUGGGAGGGUCACCGCCGCCAGGUCAGAACUGAUUUUGAACCGCUCUGCCAUGACCACGGCGCGGUGCCGGCCCACGUGGGACCUGGCCCUCGACCCGCUGGUGUCCUGCAAGCUGUGCCUCGGCGAGUACCCGGUGGAGCAGAUGACAACCAUCGCCCAGUGCCAGUGCAUCUUCUGUACCCUGUGCCUGAAACAGUAUGUGGAGCUCUUGAUCAAAGAAGGAUUAGAAACUGCCAUUAGCUGCCCGGAUGCUGCCUGCCCCAGACAGGGCCACCUGCAGGAGAAUGAGAUUGAGUGCAUGGUAGCAGCCGAAAUUAUGCAAAGAUACAAAAAGCUACAGUUUGAACGAGAGGUGCUCCUGGACCCCUGUCGGACUUGGUGCCCGGCGUCCACCUGCCAGGCUGUGUGCCAGCUCCAGGAGAUGGGGCUACAGACGCCACAGCUGGUGCAGUGCAAAGCCUGCGACACGGAAUUCUGCUCGGCCUGCAAAGCCAGCUGGCACCCGGGCCAAGGCUGCCCAGAGACCAUGCCCAUCACCUUCCUUCCUGGGGAGACCAGCUCCGCGUUCAAGCUGGAGGAGGACGACGCGCCCAUCAAACGCUGCCCCAAGUGCAAGGUCUACAUCGAGCGGGACGAAGGGUGUGCCCAGAUGAUGUGUAAGAACUGCAAGCACGCCUUCUGCUGGUACUGCCUCGAGUCCCUGGACGAUGACUUCCUCCUGAUCCAUUAUGACAAAGGUCCCUGCAGGAACAAGCUGGGCCACUCCAGGGCAUCUGUCAUAUGGCAUCGGACACAGGUCGUGGGCAUUUUUGCUGGCUUUGGGCUCCUGCUCUUGGUGGCGUCGCCCUUCUUGCUCCUGGCCACUCCGUUUGUACUUUGCUGCAAGUGCAAGUGCAGUAAAGGCGACGACGACCCCUUACCCACCUAGAGGAAGGCGUGAUGCUGGAGCGAGACCCCUGCCUCCGGGAAGCGUGGCUCCCCCACCCCCAUCCCGCCGUCCCCUUCUCACUAAACAUCUUUCUUGCCUUAUGUGCGCCAUUGAGCUUCACAGUGUCACGCCGGAUGCCGUGAUUCCAGGGACCGAUGUUUGCUGAGGCCCCGGGUGCGGUCGCCCAGGCAUGGGGGAGGCAAGGCUGGUGUGGGUCAGACACAGACUCGGUCUCUGCAGACUUGUCCUGGGAGGUGCUGAAUGGAGCACGCCGGGCGGUUUUCUCCCUGCGGCCGUGGACUGGGAACGCUGGUGUUGCCUGAGAGACCUUCUCUGCACGGGUUAUCCAUCUCCGCGUUGCUGAGAGAAGAGGUCUCUUGAGGACCGCAUCUCACUUGAGACGGAAUCCGAGGGUUCUAACUUGAGAAGAGCGCUCUGGUUAUGGCAACUCUUUUUCUUAUUAAUGGCAUUUAGUAAAAUCCUUUUUAGAAGGCCUUUUUUUUUUUUUUUCCUUUCCCAACUGAGUAGUGAAAAAUCAACAAGGUGCAUCUAAACCAUCCUAUGCCUUUCUCGAAAUGUGCAUUUUAAGACGUUCUUGUGAAAUGACCUUUCUGCUCGGCCACUUUUCAGGAGAUUUAGAAAGCCUUAUGUGCUCUUUGGUGUUUUUUUCCUGAAACUCCUAGAGACUUUUGGGAUACGCUGUACGCUGUGUAUUGUUAUAAACACAGACCCUCUGUCUUUGCCUUUCUUUGGGAAUAUGUGUGCAUUUGAAGGAACGCCUCCAUUCUUAGAAUUGCCUUUUGUUUUUCUCUCUCUGGUGAUUCAGCUCACAGGGCCCCUCGCUUCUCACCCAAGAAUCAGAAAAUACUUUUUGAUGUCUUCAGAAGCCAAAUGUUUGACUUGGAAAUAGUUCUGCUGAAAAUGACAAUGGUUUGGCCCCAGGCUCGGUCUCCUCUAGUGAAUGGUGAUAUUGACGCCCAGAGGCCAGGCCUCCAGGCAGGGCUGGGAGAACUCCCCGGGGGCAGGGAGAGAAGCUUCUGGAUUUUCACAGUUUUUGUAAUGACCGAGUUGUUUUGGAAAAAUCAUCUGCCUCGCACAGUUCCAAGUCCUGUAGCUCACUGUCUCUUCCCAGCUGAAAACACCUUCCGUGAGACUUGGCGACUUUGGGGGAUUUAACCACUGGGCCUUUUACAGGCUGUGUGUGACUGUCACCAUGACGCCAGAUCCGUAGGACACGCGGGACCCCAUCAGUUGGACAGUGUGAUCUUUAGAGAAAGUUGACUUUGAUAGGACUUUUUAAAGAGCAAGCUGAUUGCAUGGAACGUGGGACUUUUCUAAACCCAGUAGGGAGGCAGAUGUAGAUUUAUCAUAGCGGAACUCUUUAAACUUACGAAGCAUUCCAGGCAGGAGUAAAGUGAAAACAGAAGCUAACUUGGCUCUCCGCGAUUAGCUCCUUGUGAGCACAGGGGUAGGCGUGGCGGAAUUCUGGAUCCUUGGCGUCGACUUUUGUGUCUCGGGUCCUGGUUUACCUUCCUGUAGAGAAAUGUUUUUAUUUCUUAGCAUUUCCUAGGUCAGGAGAAACAGAAGCACCUCCCUCUUCCCCUCUGGCAUUUUGUUUUUUAACCUGAAGCCAUUUAGGGAGCCAGCCUGUGUCAAAAUUACAUCGCAGAAACUCCUUCUUCUAAUUGCAAUGUGAAAACUCCGUAACUGAAUAAGAUUGGGGACCAUCUUUUUUAUGAAGCCUGGGCAUUGGGUUCUUGUAGUGUUGGCACUAGGUGUUGGCACAGGACCUGGCAGUAGAGUGGCUUUUCUGGAGAAGGUGACCAGGCCAUGAUCCUGAAGUUGAGGCUGAUGACCCAGGCUUGAGACGUCAUUGUGAUGUGUGAGUUUGCUGGGCUCUCCAGGGCCCUUUAAAAUUUGCAUGGAACACAGCAGGCUGGUGGCCCAUGUCCAGUGGUCCAUGGCAGGCUUUCGCCAGCCAGGUCAUCCUGCCUGGACUUGCUGCUGCCCCUUGCACAGGUCCACCCAGGAGUGCCCUCUCCUUGGGGGUGGGAACCAGAGCCUUCGGGAAGGCUGCACUCCCCGGGUCAGGGUUCAGGUCCCUUCAUUCCUAGCUGAUCGGGCCGUCUGUCCAUCCUGGAGGCAUCCAGGAGCGAAUCAUGCUCAUCCCAACCCCAGACAUCCCUGUGUCUUCGCCUCUGACACGUCCAUAGCUCGUGGUUUGGCCCAGGUGGGAGCCACUGCGUUUCUGGCCAGGGCCAGAGCAGCACCUGCUUGCCUCGAGUAUUUGCACCGAGUGUGCCUCGGGGGCACCGUUUGAUGUAGUCAUGAAACAGAACUGUCCAUUCCCUGGAAAAGCACCAGUGGGAUCGCACAGAGAUCCUCAUAUAAACUUGCAUCACUGCACCCCCUCCCGCAUCCACCCCCCCCCAUCAUUUCUCUCAGUGGGGAAGGCCACCCUGUGGUUCACAGGCAUGCGGGAGGAACCAGGCUUGAUGUCACAUGUACCGGGACGUGGGAAGAUGGCCCGAAUCUUGGAUGUUGACCUUGACUCUCACUCCCAGGAAAACCUGGGGAUUUGAUGCUUAGAGGGCAGCCUCAGUCCUGCGGUUCAGUGCAGGGCGUCAUCAUUGAAAAUGACACUUUCACAGAUGGCUUUCAUGCUGACCUCUGGAAGUGCACAUCUGUUUAUUCAAAGACCUUUAGAUCCUGGGGAGGGGGGAAGAGGACCCAGAGACGGACUGUAGCUGCCUUUGCUGCUGUCGGUGUGGGGCUGCAGAGGGCACGGUUGUCUGAGUCCCCUUGGUGACUGGCCAUUGGCCACGCCUGGCCUCUGAGCCUGGCCAGCCCAGCUCACCAUCGUCACGGGGGCCAGCACCUUCAGAAGUGCCCUGUCGAUGCUCACUUGGCAGAGGCUGACCGAGUGCCUGAGCAGAAGCAGAAGCUUUGAUUGGCAUUGAACUCCUGCCCCAGUCAGUGCUUCCUCCACCCCCUGGGGUAGCUGCAGACAGAGGACCGGACAUCUGCCUCUUUUGGCAUCUUUGUAAAGGGAAAUACAUCCUCCUUACAGCAUAUUAUUCCAUAAACUCCGGACAGGGCCAAUUCCUGAUUAGAGCACAGGGCCCCCCGGGGAGGGGGUUACUGGAUAUGCAGAAAUUCCUCCGAGAGGAUUUCAUCUUUCUCACCCCCCGUGUUACAAAAGUUAAAAGUUACUUUGCAAAUUAUGAGAGGGCAUUUUCCCUCGGUUGUCUUAAAAAAAAAAAAAAAAAAAGAUUAGAGGAUUGGAAAGAACCAGGGUGGGCUUUUUGUAUAUUUCUCUGAUUCUCAUUUAUUAAUAAGUAACUAUCCCUGUAUAUACAUCUAUAUCUAUCAAUCACAGUGAAAUCAUCAAGGGAAAACAUUUGCAUGUAUAAAGCUUCCUGAAGGUCUCUUUUAAAAAAAAAUACCAAAGCUUGUUUAUUCCUUAUCAUUAACCCAAGAAGCCCUUAUGAAGAAUACACAAAAUGAAGAGAUAUGACUGGUAUUGUCAAAAAUCCCAGCUGGAAAGAAGGGGCUGCAUUGAAGCAGAAGGGCUGGUGUGUCCUGUUUGGGUGCACACAGCCCGUGGGCUCCUCUCCCUCGGUUUGCAGAAUCCUGUCUUCCAAGAUAUGCCAGCAGCUUUCAGGUAGGGGGUAGGUACCCCACCUUCCCUUCAUUCCGUGCUCAUUUUGCCAUGGGUGUAUUUUAAUCUUGUGUAAAAAUAUGCAUGAAUGAGUCAUGCAGAUGUGUACAUUCUGUAUGUGACAAGCAGUGGUAAACAACAACAAAAAAAAUCAAAACCAGGUUUGGAGUGUGUUUCUGAAAUGUCAGUACCUUUUGUGCCACUAACGCUGUGAUGUAUAAAAGAGCUGUUUGAAUGCCUUUUAAUGUGGUGUUUUGUACUUUGGUAUCAUAUGGGCAAGUCUGAUUUGUAAUUUCAAUACAUAUUUUAAGUGUAUUGUGUCUUAUGUAAUUUGUCCCCCCUUUAGAAGGGAUUUCUUUUUAAAGAUAUUUUGGCUGGAAUACAGGUUACUUUUGUAAACCC